AGCUCGACGUCAUUCCCUCAUUGAACCACAAUACCAUGGCUUUGUUGCUGGCGCAAAGCCACGCUUCCAUACUCAUUAACACUUAGGGAGCUAGGAUAUCUUGUAUAAUCUUAACUUGAAUUGUGCUGCCGGAUACCUGCUAUCCUUGACUUCAGUAGUUUAGGCUUCGCAACGUUUAUAGCUUUCACUAGGCCUGGAGCGGCUGGAGCUUGGCACUCAACACGGCGCUCCAACGACUGAGCUGGUACAUUCAAACACACUCGGUCCAUUUCCCUUAAGGCGGCAGCCAUGGGGCGCCGCAGCCUUUUUAAAUCCCAUCUCGCUUUGUUGCUAUUAAGCUGGAUAGCAUGCGGUUUCGCCCAGCUGGAUACAUCUGAUGACUUCGGGAUGAGCAGCUUUGGUCUUCGACGGCUUUCCGCUUACUACUCGCGGAACUUUGUUGCCCAAUUUCCUCAGACAUGCUACCAGAGCAGUUACUUCUCCCCGUUUCGGCUCUAUUACAAGACCGCCGUCUUCGACCAAAACGCAACGACGUUUGUUUUCCAGCUUGACGUGUCGACUUGCCCGUUUCCGAAGGCGGACUGCUGCCGUCUAUGGCUGGACCACAUGGUUAUCCGGACAAAGCCAACGGCGGAAGUGCUGCGGGUAAGCCUUGAUGGGCAAGACAAGGAGUUCGACGUGGGGUCGCACGGUCUCACAAUUUACAGCAUGGCCGUGGAGCCAACGGUUAUCCGCUCCAUGCGGCUGGAGGUCAGCACGCCACCAGACGGCUACAACUAUCCUCGCGACCUUUGCCCCAUGGGCCGCUUUGCGGGCUCUUGCGACGUUAUUUCGUACGAUGAGAGCAAGACCUGCUGCGCUGAGCGAGCCGCGCUGCCGUAUGAGUUGUUCUUCCCCCCGUCCAGCAGUCCUCCUGGUGGCAUUACCCCAGAUGUGAAUGCGCCCCCUUCCCGACCUCCUCCUCCGUCACCGCCACCACCCUCUCCUCCCUCCCCGCCACCGCCUUCGCCGCCGCCACCUUCUCCCCCACCGCCCCCGCCCGAUGGCUGGUCCUAUUGCUGCAUUGACGACUUGCCUAAGUCGCCUUUCAACCUCAAGUACAUGGGUUGGAAGCUCAGUGGAUCUGACACUGCGUACCAAUUCCAGCUAACUGUGCAUGACGUCGCCAACUCUACCGAUUUCGAUGGUCCGGAGGCUGGGGACUGCUCCCAGAUGAACCUACGCGACAUGGGCGUUGCCAUUUACAACAACCUAAUUGUCAAGAGUGUGCAGUUCAACGGCACUGUCCAGAGCCAUUGGGAUGAAGGCCAGGGCUCGCAGCCGGACGCUAAGUGGGUGUACAUUAACCUCUUUAAGACACUGGAGGACUUCGACUCCAGCACUCCCGUGGACUUCGUUAUCACUGUGCGCGGCCAGGUUGACGCGCUCUGCCCCGCCAACGAGUACCUCCAUUCAGCAAAUGCCUGCGAGUUCACUUUCCAUGGCAAGGACGGCCUCUCGCACUGCUGCCCGCAUGGCGCUACUAAGCGUACUGACCCUACCGACGACUGCUGCGUUGAUGACAUCGAGAAGGCUCCGUACCGCAUGCAGUACCUGCAUUCUUACCUCUCAGCUGCAACGUCGGAGUACGAAUUUGCUGUCAAAGUGGUUAACGUGACCAACGUAGACUACGACCUUGUGGAGCCGGCGCAGUGCGACCACAUGACGCUGGACUACGCCCAGAUCCAGAUCUACAAGAAUGUUGAGGUCGUACAAGUGAAGUGGGAGGAGCGCAUUAUGGACUUCAAUGUCACGGAGGCAACUGACUACUCCAACUGGCUCAACGUCAACGGCAUCAACCGCUUUGUCAACGACUUUGACCCCAACGCUCCCACCAAGUUUAAGGUCACUGUGCGCGGCCAUGUGCGGGAGCUGUGCCCCGCCGGCUGGCUCUUUGACGCAAGCGGUGCUUUCAUGUGCGAGUAUGCGCUGCACGGCUCGCAGGGCAACCACACCUGCUGCCCUCACUUUAUCACGGAGCCUGGUACCUACGAGCCGGACUGCGGCUGCCGUGACGACACCGCUGGUACCCCGUACCUCCUCGGCUACCAGCUGGCUGGUGAAGGGGACAACCAGACCGUGUUCAACUUUGAUCUGGCCCAGGUCAACUCCUCGGCGUUGGUUGACUUUGACGGAGCACCCGAUCUGGAAUUUGGCGUUGAUGUGGAUUGCAGCGGCAUGGGCGUCAAGUCGAUUACCUUUGCCGUGAACCCGGACAUUGAGGUUCAGAACGUGGUUUUCAACGGCUUCAACUACUCGUGGCAGUUUGAGCCGUACACGGACGGCGCCAAGUGGCUGAAGGUGCUGGACAUUGACUACCGACCGGCUGACUUCCCCUCCGGUCAACCAGUCUUGCUUCAGGUGGUGGCGAAGGGCAGCGGCGUGUCGGAGCUGUGCUCAGCAGCCUCGCAGUUUGGCAGCCAGGCGUCGUGCCAGUACUACAUCUAUGGGCUGUCAGGUUAUGACGAGUGCUGCCCAAGCGGUAUCACCACCUGGUCUGCAACCAUCCUUGGGGGCUCGCGAUAAGGACUUGCUUAACGUUUAGCCAGUCCGUGUGGAUGAUCAGUCGUGCAUGCACCAUUGAUUGUUGGACGCGGAUUGAGAUGCUGUCGCGGUUGCCAUACAGCGACGGGUAUCUGCAGCAGGAGGGAGAGGGGAAAGGCGGGCUGCCCGCUCUGUGGGUGCAGGCGGCGCUUCCUCUGCUCCGCCAUUACGUUGU